CUGUGCAGGACGAUGCAGGUUGCAGUUCGUGUUACAGUGUUGUUCAGUGUGUUUGCUGUCUGUGUAGGUAAUGAAUUUCACUUUGCCUCCUAUUAUGGAGACCACAUGGUGUUACAGAGAGCUCCAGAAAGAGCGGUGGUGUGGGGGUUUGGUACAACUGAUUCUGAGGUUCAGCUGACUUUAUCAGGAUCACAGAAUAAAAUUCAUUCUGUUCAGUCUGUUCCUGUUUUUAAUGGAAUUUGGAAGGUAAUUCUGGACCCACUUCAGGCUGGUGGACCGUAUAAUCUGACUGCUGUACAAAGUGGAAGUUCUGGUGCCAAGAUUGUACUCACAGAUGUGAUGUUUGGAGAUGUAUGGUUAUGUGGUGGACAGAGCAACAUGGCCUUUACUCUUGCUCAGGUGUACAAUAGCUCAGAGGAGCUGGCUUUGGCCUCUGAGUUUCCGGAUGUGAGGAUCUUCCAGGCUGCGCUGGAACAGAGCAAGAUUGAGUUGAAGGAUUUGGCUGGGGUGGAGGUUCCAUGGUCACAACCCACACCAGAACUCCUUGGAGGAAAGGAUUUCAGCCACUUCUCAGCUGUGUGCUGGUUGUUUGGACGUUACCUUUAUGAGAAGCUGAAGUAUCCGAUAGGAUUAGUGGAGUCGUGUUGGAGUGGAACUCCUAUAGAGGCCUGGUCCUCACCAAGAGCUCUGCGUGAGUGUGGACUAAACAUCUCUAAGAACAGUGGUGACCAGGAUAAACUGUGGAGUAGUUCAGUGUUAUGGAAUGCCAUGAUCCAUCCUCUGCUCAACAUGACCAUCAAGGGAGCCAUCUGGUACCAAGGUGAAGCCAACACGCAGUAUAACCAGGACAAAUACUCCUGCACUUUUCCUGCCCUCAUCAGUGAUUGGAGGAUGGCAUUCCACACGGGCUCAGAGGGUCAGACUGCACCAGACUUUUCUUUCGGAUUUGUACAGCUGUGUACCUAUAGGAGGAUCACCCAUGACGGCUUUCCUGAGAUCCGCUGGCACCAGACUGCAGAUUAUGGCUUUGCUCCUAAUGAACGCAUGAAGAAAACCUUCAUGGCUGUAACUAUAGACUUACCAGAUGAAACUUCACCCUGGGGCAGCAUUCACCCUAGAGACAAACAGGAUGUUGCGUUCAGGCUGGUUUUAGGAGCACAAGCUGUAGCCUACGAGAAGACAGAGGUGUCCUUUCAGGGUCCAUUUCCCAGAACAGUCCAGAUCAGCCCAUCCUACCUAAUCAUCACCUUUAAUCAGAGAAUCACAGCCACGCUCUCUAAUGACACAUUUGAGAUCUGCUGCUUUGAGGAGAAGACAACAUGUGAAGCAGAUUCUCUGUGGUUUCCUGUUCCGAUGAAAGACCACGGCACUGACUAUAUUUUGCUAUCAGUAGAAAAGUGUCCUGUUGACCGUGUAGCUGCUGUACGUUAUGCCUGGACUGACUGGCCGUGUAAAUUUAAAUCAUGUCCGAUCUACAGUGCAGAUGGAGUUUUACCUGCCCCACCUUUUAUCCUUAACCACUGGCCAUAGCCCAGCUUCUAAAUCUGCAUCAGGUAGUUAUUAUGUACAUACUGUAUGUAGUUCAUUUAAAAAUGAAACCUUCUACACAUCUUGCACUAGCAGGACGGGAAGACAGAAUAAGAAACAAGAAAUAAUAAACACAUUGGGAGGAUAGAAGAUAAAAAGCUCUUUAAUAACUACAUUUCUAAUCAAGAUUUUUGGACAAAGAUGUUUGUGUUCCACUUAUUUAGUUACAGCAAAUGAUCAGCUGCAGAAAUUGUUAAAAUGCUAAGUCUGUAAUGGAAUACCUGUCUCUUGUCAAGUGAACAAACGUACUGUAUAAUAACUGUGUUUUGGGUUUCUGUAAUGUUACUGCACUAAUAACCAGCAGGUGGCAGUGUUGUCCUAGUAUGCAUUAUGUACAGUACAUAAGUUACAGUAUUUUGUACAGCAGCACAUUUACAUUUUCGGCAUUUAGCAGACUCCUGUAUCCAAAGCGACUUACAGUACUGUGACAGCAUACUGUCGAAGCAAUUGAGGAUUAAGGGCCUUGCUCAAAGGCCCAACAGUGGCAGCCUGACAGUUGUGAGGCUUGAACCAGCGACCUUGUGAUUACUAGUCCAGUACCUUAACCACUAGGCUACAACUGUUUAUCAACUGCCUAUUAAUUAUCAAGUUAGUUCGGAAUGAGGACCAAAUUACAAAAACGAUACUAGAUGAGCGAACAGUUGUGUGUCAGAGUUCUCGUGGAUCGUCUUAAAAUGUCUUUUACUGCACUGUUAGAACAAAUUAUUUCAUUUUUACUUUGUAUUGCUCUGUCGGAUUUGGGUCAUUGCACAAGGUCAGCCAUGAUACAUUGCUUGCAGAGCAAAAGGGGUUAGCGGCCUUGCUCGAGGGUCCAACUGUACCUGGUAGGUGGAACUGGAAUUUCAACUGUCAUCUUUCAACUGAUAGCCCUGAGCCCUAACCACUAAACCAUCAACGGCCUGAAUGAUAAACGCAAAUGUCUGUUUUCUGAGCUCUUCUAUGUAUAUAAGUGGGAAAGAAAAAAAUAUAGAUAAAAAUGAGAUGUUAUUUAUUGGACCCUUGAGUACACUCCUGACCUCUGCUGCAUGGACUAGAUUCUUUCUUAAUUGUAAGACACCUUGAGAGAAGUUGUUUUUAAUAAAAAUAAAUGUACACUACGAAGGUGUAGUGAUAAAAUACAUUAGGUCAACUAUGGAUUUGAACUCCGGAUCUCAGCAGAGCUAUUGGUGAACUGGGUGUCUACACAGACAAAUGGCUAUGUCUGAGGGAGGGGCAGCUGAACACCCUAGCCACUAGGCGCACUUUUCAGUGCGUUCGCAGCGCCGGUCCCAAACCCAGAUAAAAUAAAAAGGUUUGCGUCGGAAAGUGCAUCAGACCUAAAAAUGUGCCAAAUCUGGUAUGCAGAGCAGAAUGAUCCCCUGUGCCGACACCUAAAAAUAUACAAGCAGCGGGAAAAAUGGAAUUUAUUUUCUUAUUUAAUAAAUUUUGAGCGAAUAUACAAGCUUUUUUAAUUAUGUAUUUAUAAACAUGACAAAGACAAGUGUUCCUAAUAAAGUAAGCUUGGUGGCGCUGGUGGAAGUUUUGGGCUUAUGCUCUUAUCAUAGGAUAUAAGGUAUACAAGUAUAAAAAUAUCCAAACUUGUAGUGUCUUGAUGUAGUAUCUAUAGGUGCUGUGUUUUGCUAAUAACAGUAAUAAACCAACUGUAAUAAUUAGGUCAGAUUUAACACUGACAAAACCUGUA